AUGACCACCACGGCGCCCCUCAGCGAGCGCCCCUCGGCCCACACACAGCGCUACGAUAGACAGCUCCGCCUCUGGGCAUCCUCCGGACAGGCAUCCCUCGAAAAGUCAAACAUCCUCGUCGUCGGCGCAUCCGCCCUCUCGGCCCAGAUCCUCAAGAACCUCGUCCUCCCCGGCAUCGGCGCUUUCACCAUCCUCGACCAUCGCACCGUCGACCCGGCAAGCCUCGGCACCAACUUCUUCCUCCAGCCGGGUCACAGCGAGGGCAAACCGGCUGCCGCAGAGAUCGCACGCCUCCUCGCAGAGCUCAACGACGGCGUAAAGGCCAACGCCACAGUCGAGUCACCCGCAGACCUCCUCGCGCGCCAGCCCGGCUUCUUCACCGCAUUCGACCUCGUCAUCUCGGUCGACCAGCCGCGCGCCUUUGACCUCGCCCUCUCCGACCUCUGCUGGGCACAGCAGCCACCCUCGCCCCACAUCCCCUUCCUCCGCGUCGCCUCCGCCGGCAUGGUCGGCCAGCUCUCGCUCUCGGUCCACCAGGUGGCCAUCGUCGAGACCCACCCAGACUCGAUCGUCGACCUCCGCCUCACACGCCCUUUCCCCGAGCUACAAGCACUCGCAGACUCGUUUGACCUCGACACGCCCGACACGAUGCUUCACAGCCACAUCCCCAUGGUCGUCAUCCUCCUCAACAAGCUCAAGCAGUGGAGGCAGAGCCACGGCGGCGCCCUGCCCACCACGGCCGACCGCGCCGCCUUUGCCGCCCUCGUCAACGCUUCCCGCCGCCCCGACAGCCCCGACGCCGAGAACUUCGACGAGGCCAUCGCCGCCCUCGGCAAGCACGUCUGGCGGCCCAUUGCCUCGGACGGCGUCGGCGGCGGCGGCGUGCCCCCAGAGGUGGCCGACAUGUUCAAGCAGCCCGAGUGCCUCGAAGUGGGACCCAACUCGACCAACUUCUGGCUGCUGGUGCGCGCGCUGCGCGAUUUCGUCGCCGCCUCGCCCACGCACAGCUUGCCGCUCAGCGGCUCGCUGCCAGACAUGAAGGCGACGAGCGAAAUCUACGUGCGCCUGCAGGCGUGCUACCGCGCCAAGGCGGCCGCCGACCUGGCCGAGUUUACGCGCAUCCUCGACGACGUCGUUGCCGCCGCCGGCGUCGCUGCGGGCGCCGUGGGCGGCGACGAGGUGCUGGCGUUUGUCAAGCACGCCGGCUACCUCAAACUCAUCCGCGGCCGCAGCGAGAGGCAGCGCUACGAGGCGCCCGAUGGUAGCGUGGCUGCCAUGGCGUUCAUGGACCCCGUCAACCCAAGCACGUUCCAGCACCACGUGGCGUUGUCGGCGUCGGACGCCUUUUUCGAAAAACACGGGCGGUACCCGGGAUCCACGCUGGCCUUUUCCCGGACCAUCAGCGGUGGCGGCGAACCUGGCGGCGGUGCUGGCACUGGCGAGGGAGUCGCCUCGACGACGACGACGACGACGACGACGACGACGACGACGACGACGACGACGACGACGACGACGACGACGACGACGACGACGAACAAGGAGGGAGCGGCAUCCGUCCCGAGCGAGGGGGACGAAACGACACGCUCGGCAAAGAGACACAAGUCCGAGACGCCUACCCGCGACGGCAUCGGCGGUGCGGGGGAGGAGGUGGAUAUGGUCGUGGAUGAUUCCUCUUCGUCGUCGUCGUCCCAAACGACCAUGAGGAGACGGGGCGGCCAGGUCGAUGCGGAUGCGGAAGGGGACGUCGAUGUGGAGGGGGAUACAGAGGCGCUCCUCGCCCUCGCUGCGGAGUGGACGCAUCGACACGCCCCGUCCUUGAAGGACGACGAGGAGAGCUGGGACAAGAUCCGCGAUGCUGUUGCUGAACUGGUACGGUCCGGCCACGCCAGCCUACCGGCCACGACGGCGCUGCUGGGCGGCAUCGUGGCGCAGGAGACCAUCAAGCUCAUCACGCGCCAGUACGUCCCCGCCGACAAUACCGUCGUGUACGACGGCAUCCAGCAGGCCGUUGGCGUCUUUCGCCUCUAG